AUGAUAAAGAUUCUUUUAAUUUUGUGUUGCUUUCAAAUUCAGCUUACAUUACACGCUUCUAUAAAUGAAUUGACUAAAAACGAUUGUACCUAUCAAGAUGGUAGAUUUGGUACCAUUAAUUUAUCUCAAGUUGGUUUAAAACAUGGUACACCCGCGUUUCGACAUAUUCGUCAAGAUGAUUACUUUUAUUCUUACAAUCCUUGCUAUCCAUUUUCUGAAGAGCCAACUUGCAUUAAUGUAGCGAUGUGUCAAACAUUUAAAGAUGAAUCAGUAUCUUAUGUUCUUGGUUUUAAUUCUAUUGUAACCUGGUCAAUAAGUGUCGAUGGACAAGCGACACUUGUUUAUUCUGCCAUUGAUCGACAAGCGAUUGUUAAUCUUGUAUGUUCACCAGACUUAGAUCAACUUAUUGUCAAUGGUGAAUAUGAACGUAAACAUUAUAAUUUAACAUUGCUUAGUAAGUGCGCUUGUUGGAAUCAAUGCUAA